AUGACAAAUAAACGUGAUGAUUUAGCUAUUUUAAAUUAUACAAAAGCAUUAACUAUUCAAAAAAGACAAUUACCCGAAGAUCAUCCAAAUAUUGCUCGAGAAAAAUUAAUGCAAGAAGCAUUACAAAUACGUCGAAAAUCAUUGCCUGGUAAUCAUCAUGAUUUUGCAUUGACCUAUAGUAGUCUGGGUUUACUCUAUAAAAUUAUAAUGAAAAAUGAAUUAGCUUUAGAAUAUUUUCUAAAAGCACGUGAAAUACAUCUUGCAUCUGGUGAACCUGAUUUACUUGAUCUUUUGAUUACUGAAAGAGGCAUUAGAAUGCUACAAGCUAGUGAUUAUCGCGUUUCAUCGCCAUCAUUAAAAUAA